AAAAAAUUUCUAACCAUUUAGUUUUUAAAUAAUAGAUAAGAUACACAGACGACACAACACAAGCUAACUCCAAUCGACUUAUUUUUUAUUAAGAAAAAGAAGGAAAACUGCAUAAGACUUACCUCAUCCCAACUAAAACAAACAAAACUAUUCACAAGACCAAAAUUAAUUACGUCUCUUGUUUGUCUCUUUGUUCUAUUGUUCUAUUGUUCAAUCAUAUAAUAUCAUCAUCCUGCUCAAUCUAAAAAAAUAUACACUCAUUCAGUCUCAAUAGCAACAAAACCAAAACCCAAAAUCAAUCAUGCCGUCUUCGUCUUCAUCAUCCUCAAAUCCACCUUCCUCCCCUUACUUCCAAACUCUCCUAGACUCCGCUCGUCCCUUCCUCCGCGGCGAGCUCGAGUCAGUCGACGACAGGCUCCCUUCCCUCGUCAGUGUCCUCCGCUCAGUCGGCGCCGGCGAGUGCUGGCACAAACACGGCAGCUUCCUCGAUCACCUCGUCGAGAUGUACCGGAUUCUCAAGCUAUGGCGAGCCCAGGACUCCGUUUGUCUCCUCGGUCUCUUCCACUCUGCCUACUCAAACUCCUACGUCAAUCUCGCCAUCUUUGACCCUUCCACGGGACGCGAAGUGGUUUCGAAACAUGUCGGAGAAGCCGUUGAGAGAUUGAUUUACUUGUUCUGCGUCGUCCCAAGGCAGCCUCUGAUCCACGACGAUCUUCUCUUCCAUUAUACUGACUCUGAACUUAUCGAACAUCUGAAGUGUUCGGAGAUUUCGGUUCGGAAUGCUAAGGGAAAAGGAUUGUUCGAUGAAGAUGAAGCGUGGAGAAAGAAGAUAAGGGGUAUUGUUCCUGCUCGUGGGGUUGUUGUGAAGCACAUAAAGACCGGUGAAGACGUCCUCGUUUCAAGGAGACUUGUGGCCAUUUUCUUACUGACUACCAUGGCAGAUUUUAGUGAUCAGCUUUUUAGUUUCCAGGAUUGUUUGUUUGAGAAUUUUGAUGGGAAGCUGGCGUUCAAGGGGAAUGAUGUUCCGGCCGGUCUGUGGCCCGGUGACGGCAGACCAGGGCUUUGGAUGAGCUCGAUAUCGAGAAUGGGUGCUCUUUACAAUUUGUUAGUGAGAGAGGAAGAGAUUUUUGGUGAAGAGAGGAAAAGGGGGAGUGGAGAGAAGGUUGAUGAUGAGGGCAGAGAUGGUGAUUUGGAGCUUGUGAUUCCCCCUGUUUUUGAGAAUUGCACAAGGGUUUUAGAUGCAGGGGAACAAAUCAAGGCCAGGGAUUUGUACUGGGAAGCUGUUUGUGAUAUGUCUAAGAGAGGGUUGGAGAAAGUGGAGGAGUUACUGUUGGGUUGUAUUGAGAAAAACCCUUUUGUUGGAGAGCCACAUGUGGUUUUGGCUCAGCAUUAUAUGUCUCGUGGGAGGUUUGAAGAGGCUGAAAAUGAGGCUCAGAAAGGGCUGACCCUAAUCUUGGAGUGGGGUAGUCCUUGGGACAAGAGGAUGUCCUGGGAAGGUUGGAUUGCUUGGGGUAGAGUCUUACUUAUGAAGGCAAAAGAAAGAUCUUGGCCUCAAAAUGCUUGGGGGAUUCUCAAUUUAGGCCUUGUUAGGUAGAAUCUUAGACUGUGACGAUGGUGGCAUCUUUAGAAACUUAACACUAUUAAUGAUAUUGAAUGAAGGGUACAACCAUAGAGGGUAGUUAGGAAUUACUGUUCUUCUCUUUUAUCAUAGUAAUUUCUAGGCACCAUUGUCAAAUUUGAAAAGUUUUAUUACAAAUAAAGUACAUUGUGUUGCUGUUCA